AUGGACGAUAUAGUUAUCUCUGGUGAUGACUUGGAUGAAAUAAAUAGAGUCAAGGCUUUUCUGGACUCAAAUUUCAGAAUCAUGGACCUGGGCAAUCUUCGGUUCUUCCUUGGUUUAGAAGUUGCACGCUCAACAGAAGGUAUAAUUAUAAAUCAACGAAAAUAUGCCUUGGAAAUUCUUUCUGAUAGUGGGAUGUUGAGUUGUAAACCGAGUUCCACUCCCAUGGACUCAUCUAAUAAAUUGUGUCAAGCUAAAGAUUCUUCUGAGAUUUUAUCUGAUGCUCAACCUUAUCGACACUUAGUUGGGAGACUUCUGUACCUCACAACCAUAAGGCCUGAUCUUUCCUUUGUGGUUCAUCAACUCAGUCAGUUUGUAUCUGCUCCUACAACAUCUCACAUGAAUGCUGCACAUCGUGUACUUCGAUACCUCAAGGCUUCCCCAGCCCAAGGUUUAUUUUUCCCCUCAAACAAUGAGUUGCAACUAUCAGGUUUCACUGACAGUGACUGGGCUUGUUGUCCAGAUACCAGAAGAUCAAUCACUAGUCUCUGUGUUUUUCUGGGAAAUUCACUUGUAUCAUGGCGUUUGAAGAAGCAAACAACUGUCCCACGCUCUUCAACUGAAGCAGAGUAUCGUGCUUUGGCUUCCAUGUCUUGUGAAAUCCAAUGGUUGACUUAUCUUCUCACUGAUCUUCGUGUGCCUUGCUCCAAACCAGCUUAUGUGUUUUGUGAUAAUGUCUCAGCCAUCUACCUUGCAAAGAAUCCAGCAUUCCAUGAGCGAUCCAAACAUAUUGAAAUAAAUUGUCACAUCACACGUGAAAGAAUCAACGAUGGCACCCUUCAUUUGCUUCCAGUUCGCUCAUCUUCUCAGUUAGCCGAUAUCUUCACUAAGCCCCUUCCUUCUCAACCAUUUCAUCUUAUUAUUAGCAAGCUUGGCCUUCGUGAUGUGCUGCGUCCAGCUUGUGGAGGGGUAUUGGGAGUAAAUACUGUUGAUAACGUGGAGAAAGGGAUAUUGACAGAACAGAAGAAAAAGAUCACGACGUGUAGCUAA